CAAAAACUCUCCCUCUCUCGUUCUCUCUCUCUCUCUCUCCCUCUCUCUCGUCUACUCUCAGUCGUUCAGUGAAAACGUCCAAAAGCUCUGCUCAGCGAUGCGGACCGGACUUCUCCUCCUCCUCGUCGCCUGCAGCCUGUGGGCGGCCGAGGCCCAGAACGGGGGCCAGAACGGGGGCCAGAACGAGCGGGCCCGCAGCGUCUGGGACGACCCGGUCACCUUCGUGACCAAGGGCAAGGACGCGUGCGCCAUGCACGUGACGGGCCAAGGCGACAUGACUACGCUGCGCGUGGACUGCCAGGGCGGCGCCGUCGAGCGCUCCUACUGGUGCGACUACCGGGGCAAGCCGCAGACGUGCCGCGCGUACAACAACAACCCGCGCCACUACUUCACGCAGAUCAUGUGGGACCUGCGCAAGCUGCAGAACGCCUGCAGCGGGCCCGUGGUCUUCAAGCCCCAGAUGUGCAAGAGGGCGUCCGACGAGGCGCGCAUGGUGUUCGUCGGAGCGUCCAACGACGAGGGCGCCGCCGCCGCCGCCAGGCCAGACCAACAACAGAGGCCCUCUCGACCCACCCAGAGCCGGCCAGAGGCUACCAGGCCGGAGAGACCCCAGCAGACCCCAUACAGACCCACCAGACCUCAGCCGGCCAGGCCCACCAAGCCCGACCAGGCCAAGUCUGACCAGGGCAGGCCACUGAUGCCCAGACCAGGGUCCAGGAACAACAACAACAACCAGAGGAAGCCGUCCACCUCCAAGCCGUCGACUCCUUCACCGACGCAGUCGACGUCAAAGAUCCAGGCCAGGAAGAUGGCUCAAGAUUACUGCUGGAGGUCUAUGACCGGCGUGUGUGCCUACGUCAUCGGAUUAUUCCGCAAGAGUUAAGGGUGUAAGUUCUGUGUGAAGAAGACUUGAGGCGGCUGAUCACUGGGACACCUGGCGCACUCUCUCCCUCAGGAGGACGGCUCUGAUCAUGUGAUUGAUUGAUUGGCUCUGAUUGGCAGGGAUUACCCAGCAUCCACUCCGACACAAAGCCACUGGUGACAUUUUUCUAAAAAAAAAAAGCUCCAUCGCCUCCUCUGCUUUUCUCCCCCAAAAGUGUGCCUGUCUGUCAUGACUUGUGUCCAGAUCUAAGGUGGUAAUAUCAUUUUUGGAAAAGUGAAAUCUUUUGUAGCACUCCAUUUUGGGUAACCAUGCGACUGAAAGCGUUCUCUAUAAACCAGAUGCAACUCGGCAGGUGAGGGCAAAAAGAUAUUCUACACAUCCUCUAAUCCACAAUGCAGUGAUGAUGAUGUCCGGGUGAUGGAGAGGGGUUUAAAGGUUUAGGCAGGUUGGGCUUUAAAGCAGUCAUACUCCUAAUUGCAGCAUGAAUGAAGGGAAAUUAUACCAUAACUGUUUAGGUACAGAUGCAUCAUCUGUUUGCUCUGAGAGUGUAAUCAAGGACAAAAAUGUGGUACGAUUGACAUUUUAAAAGGGGAUCAUUUGCAAGUGCUAUCACUGAGGAGUCAAAUUGACGUAUCGAUGUAUACUUGUUAUUACUUGCGUAUGUAAUAAAUAAUUAUGUUCUUAUGGUU